AUGGUUGAUUAUUUAAUAUAUCAACACAGGAAUCAUCUACCAUACAGUGAAGUAGAUGUUUUCUUCUGUAGUGACGUAAAUGCCUAUAAUAGUCCAGUUUGGUUUCUGUGUGAGAGAGCUCAAUUGCAUAUUUUCCAAUUUUCAAAACAAUUGUCUUGGUGGAGAUGUUCAUACUUGCUUUCUCUUGUGAUGAUUCCUCAUUUGAUUCCUGGAUUCUUUUUGAGAGGACGAUUCAUGAACAAACCUAAACCUAAACUUGAGGAAAGUCCAGUAACAAGAAAGGAUGUGAAAUUUUACUUGAGGCUGGCUGUUAAGUAUUUGAAAGAUUUCUUGUUCCAAUUGUUUGCACUUCCACAUCUAGAGAGAAAAAAGGCGAGAAUACUUUUCAACGAAUCAGAAUCGUACGGUUUCUUCUCAUUCAUUUUGGCAACUCUCUUCUCAACUCUUUGUGUGUUCAUUGGAAGAUGCAUUGUAAAUGAAGCAUACAGAAAGAGACCUAUUCUUGUAAAGGAGAGAAAUUAUUUUCAAUUGGUUCCUUAUCAAAUUGAAGAAAUUGAAGAACACACCUUAAUACUUUCCUUUCUAUAUUUGGAUAUCAUUGUUGCAGCAGUUUUUUCAUUGAUAUUCCCAGUAUCAAAGUUCGUUCUCCACAACAUGACAAGUUUUCUUAUUCGAAAGAAGUUUCUCAUUUUCAGAAAGUUUGAAUUGGCCACUUUAUACCUCUGUCCCGUUACGAUCAUUACAGGAACUCCAAUAAUGAGUCCAUUCAUUGGUAGUUUCUAUGCAGCAGAAUCCAAAUAUAAUUAUCAAUAUGAGAAAAAUAAGAAAACUGCCGUAUUAGUGAGAUUACCAUUUCUCCUUCUUUUAUAUUCAGUCAUGAUAAUGAAUAUCAUUCCACAAUUAUUAAUCAGAUACCAAGGAGUAGUUCUUUUGAGAGAAACCAUUCAAGAUGAUUGGUUUAUUUGGUUUUCCUAUUUGGGUUAUUAUUGUGCUUUUUAUACUUUCUUUGAGAGUGUUUGCUACAUACCUGGAAGUUUCUGUUAUCAUGCUUUUAAAAAGAGUAUUUGGUUGGGAUGCUUUAUUGUUACAAUUGGUGUAAUAUUGGAAGUUGCCUUCUUCUUUGGAUUACAAAGAUGGUUGUAA